UUGACUCUCCCGAUUACAACACCUGACGCAAUGCUCAAGUGACGUUGAGUCACUUAGUCCCCGCGCUUUCAAGUCGCGUGUUUCUCUGUGCGGGAAUUCCGUUUUGUUCACGGCAAGAUGAUGCUGGUCCUGGUCGCUGCCUUCGUGCUUCUAAUCGCGUACCUCUACAGGUAGCGCUGGCGCAAUUCGGAUGCAAAGGAAGAUCUACGAUCGGUUCGACUACUUCGAGAAACGGCGGAUCCCGACAGAGAAGCCGCUUUACCCCAUCGUGGGAAACCUCUGGAAAUUUUGGAAGGAGGUGCAGAUCCAGAGGGAGAUGAGGAACAUGAAGAGAUAUGGGAAGGUUUGGGGGUCGUUCGAGGGGAGUCGACCGGUGUGGAACAUCGCAGAUCCAGGUCUCAUCAGGGACAUCUGCAUCAAAGAGUUUGAUCACUUCACCGAUCGCAGGGUACUUUUUGAGAUCAAGGAGAAGGUGUUGUCGAAGAUGUUGGCAAAUUUGAAGGGUCAGGAAUGGAAAGAUGUGAGAUCUGCGGUCUCUCCAGUUUUCUCCUCGGGUAAAAUCAAGAAGAUGUCCCAGCUGAUGGAGUCGUGUGGGGAGACCCUUGUUCAGCACCUACGAGAGGCCAUGGACAAGUCCCAGGGCGUCGUCAACGUCAAAGAUCAAUACGGAGCGUACACCAUGGACGUGAUCGCGACGUGUGCGUUCGGCACGAAACUGGACAGCUUGGGAAAGGAGAAUGACCCGUUCACGAAAAACGCGAGGAAAUUCUUUGCCGAUAAUCCCCUUGUUGGCAGUCCUCUCAUCAUCAUCCCUUUUGUGUUCCCGUGGUUGUUGAACAUGGGACUGAAAAUCUUCCCAAUGGAGCCCAUCUACUUCUUCCGAGAUCUUGUCCUAGACAUCAUGAAGCAGCGGAAAACCGAGGGGCGUGAACGAGGCGAUGUCCUGGAUACAAUGAUGGAGCAAGAAGAGAAGGAAAGGGAGGCAGGAGGCGAGAAGGUGAUCACGGAGGAUGUAAUCGCGGCCCAGUCCCUCAUCUUUUUCGUCGCUGGGUUCGACACCACAGCGUCCAUGAUGAACUUCCUCACCUACGUUCUCGCCGUUUAUCCAGCUAUCCAAGACCGAUUGUAUGAGGAGAUAGAGAAGAACAUGGAUGAAUAUGGUGGAAUCAAUCACGAGAUGAUGAACUCUUGCGUGUAUCUGGACCAAGUGGUGCAUGAAACCCUCCGCUUCUAUCCCCCUGCGAAUCGGUUGGAACGGGAAUGUACCAAGGACUGCAUCAUAGAUGGAAUUGAAUUCAAGAAGGGAGAUUUGAUUGCCAUCCCUGUCUACGCUGUUCAUCAUUGUUCUGAUUUCUAUCGUGAUCCCGAAAUCUUCGAUCCAGAUCGGAAGAUCUACGAUCGGUUCGACUACUUCGAGAAGCAGCGGAUCCCGACCGAGAAACCGCUUUAUCCCCUUUUGGGGAAUCUCUGGAACUUCUGGAAGGAGGUACAAUUCCAGAGGGAGAUGAAGAACAUGAAGAGAUAUGGGAAGGUUUGGGGGUCGUUCGAGGGGAGUCGACCAGUGUGGAACAUCGCAGAUGUGGAUCUCAUCAGGGACAUCUGCAUCAAGGAGUUCGAUCACUUCACCGAUCGCAGGAUAUUUUUUCCGAUGAAGGACAAGGUGUUGUCGAAGAUGUUGACAAUGUUGAAGGGUCAGAAAUGGAAAGACGUGAGAUCUGCCGUCUCCCCCGUCUUCUCCUCGGGCAAAAUCAAGAAGAUGUCUCAGCUGAUGGAGUCGUGUGGGAAGACCCUUGUUCAGCACCUCCGGGAGGCCAUGGACAAGUCCCAGGGCGUCGUCUGCGUCAAAGAUCAAUACGGAGCCUACACCCUGGACGUGAUCGCGACGUGUGCGUUCGGCACGAAACUGGACAGCUUGGGAAAGGAGAAUGACCCGUUCAUAAAAAACGCCAGGAAAUUCUUCGCCGACAAUCCCCUUUUUGGCAGUCCCCUCAUGAUCAUUCCUUUCAUGUUCCCAUGGGUGAUGCAGUUGGGUCUGAAUAUUUUCCCGAUGGAACCCCUCUACUUCUUCCGCGAUCUUGCCGUGGACAUCAUGAAGCAGCGGAAGACCGAGGGACAUGAACGAGGCGAUGUCCUGGAUACAAUGAUGGAGCAAGAAGAGAAGGAAAGGGAGGCAGGAGGCGAGAAGGUGAUUACAGAGGAAGUGAUCGUAGCUCAGUCUCUCAUCUUCUUCGUCGCUGGGUUCGACACUACGGCGUCCAUGAUGAACUUCGUUUCCUACGUGCUCGCUAUUCAUCCAGAUAUCCAAGACCGACUGUAUCAGGAGAUAGAGAAGAAAAUGGAAGAACAUGGUGGAAUCAAUCACGAGAUGGUGAACGCUUGCGUGUACCUGGACCAAGUGGUGAACGAAACCUUUCGCUUCUAUACCCCUGCGAGUCGGUUGGAACGGGAAUGUACCAAGGACUGCAUCAUAGAUGGAAUUGAAUUCAAGAAAGGAGAUUUGAUUGGCAUCCCUGCUUACGUUGUUCAUCAUUGUUCUGAUUAUUAUCGUGAUCCCGAAAUCUUCGAUCCAGAACGGAAGAUCUCCGAUCAGUUCGACUACUUCAAGAAGCAGCGGAUCCCGACCGAGAAGCCUGUUUAUCCUAUCGUGGGGAAUCUCUGGAACUUCUGGAAGGAGGUACAAUUCCUGAGGGAGAUGAGGAACGUAAAGAAAUAUGGGAAGGUUUGGGGAUCGUUCGAGGGGAGUCGACCAGUGUGGAACAUCGCUGAUCCAGAUCUCAUCAGGGACAUCGGCAUCAAGGAGUUUGAUCACUUCACCGAUCGCAGGCUGUUUCUACCGAUGAAGGACAAGGUGUUGUCGAAGAUGCUGACAAUGUUGAAGGGUCAGGAAUGGAAAGACGUGAGAUCUGCCGUCUCCCCCGUCUUCUCCUCGGGCAAAAUCAAGAAGGUCUGUCUCCCUCCGUGCAUCAUCUCUCUCUCACACUGCAGGCCACGCACCGAAAAACAGACCGAUUAUUAA